GAGAAAACUGAUCUAGAAGUAAUCACAGCAUUUGGCAGACGACACAGAAGGGGAAAAAUUCUGAAACAUAUUUCCUGAGUUUUGAAAGUGUCAAGUGGGAAAACCCAGUAAGAUGUUGUCGAAGGUAUGGAUCGCGUGUGUUAUCACGUGCGUGUGCCUGCACGCACUCACGCAAGCAAUGGCGCCAGCAGUGGCGGACGUGACAGUGAAGAAGGAUGUCCUUCUGACCCAGUUACUCAGAGCCCUGGAGCUAUACAGCGGGAAGGGCGCCGCCCGGGCAGCCAGAGACCUGCUCAGCACCACAGCGGACUACUCCUCAGACAAGAACAUGAGGCUGAUGCCUGGCACUCUCCCGAAAGAGAAGAAGAUCGAGGAUAUGGCCGUGCUGGUGUACGUGUCUCCCGCCAAGCACAAAGGCCAGGAAGAAUCCUCGAAGCCUCAAGUUAGAAUCGACUACGUUCCCAAGGAAUUGGUGUUUGGUGACGUAAAGAACUCGAGUAGAAAUUUCGCCCCGGUGCAGUACUUUGCCGUGAAGAAGACAAAGCUUCCCAAACGCAAGAAAGGAGAUCUGGGUCAGGAUCAUCAUCCCGAGGCUGAGGGAACCGUUUCUACGAAUACUAGGACUGUCGGAGAAUCCAUUCUCGAACCCAGGCGCCGGAACCAGCACUCUUCAGGUACACCCACGCAAUCAGAAGACACCCUACUGGGACGUCUGAAGAGGUCGCUGUGGCCAUCAGGUCAGUCGUACCACCAUGAACGGACACCGACGGAGACAGCGGUACAACUUGCAGAUAUCCCCCACCGGAAGUACUUCAGAGCGUUUAGCCUACACCGGCAGACGGAACUGGUAGCGGACGAGAGCGACGCCAUAGUUCAGGAAGGAAGAGCAGGGACCUCGCGCCAGUUCGGCGCCAUAUCGGCAGCAGCUUCGGGUAUUCUGUCCCAGAUCCAGUUCGCGCUUGCCAACCCCGCAGUCCUUAUUGCCGUCAUCGUCCUGAACGGAUGGUUCAUCUGGGCGAUCUUUAGUGGAUUCCUCUUUAAUCCAAACAUCUUCUUCGACACCGGUGCCGGUGGCGGCUCCUCGUCCUCAUCAUCAUCGUCGUCGUCAUCGUCAUCGUCAUCAUCGUCGUCAGGAUCAAUAGGCAGCAGCGUCGCCAUCUUCCCUCUAGUGCUUCCGGUCGCUGGAGAUGGCGAAUUUAACGACCUGGAGGAGUUCACGACAAUCCCUUCAGAUGAAGUAGACACGACGGACCCAACGGACGUGACAGACGCGACAGACCCAACGGACGUGACAGACGCGACGGACCCCACGAGCGAAGGGGGUACAACGGACCCCACGACUGAAGGGGGUACAGCGGACCCCACGACUGAAGGGGGUACAGCGGACCCCACGAGCGACGGGGACACGACGGAAAACACAUUACCACCGUCUGUCGCAGGGGAAGCAGAUACGACGAGUCCUACAGAACCAACGGCUGGAGGAGGAGCGAUGGGCCCCACGGUAGCAAGUGGCGACGAAUCAACAGUGUCAUCGGAUGGCAUGUCCACCUUACCCUCAACUGGAGAAGGCUCCGAUGCCUCGACCAUGACGGCUGCUGGAGAAGGGGAGGAGACAACACCAACACCAGGGGACUCUACUGAACCCACAGACCCCACUACGUUGACUACUGACCAGGAAUCUACCGGAGAAACAACAUUACCUACAACAUCAAACUUACCGUCCAUCAGGCCCUCUGAGCCGAGUGGUGGCGUGGUCGCAGUGCACGGGGCAGUGUGGGAUGUCCUGUCUUCCAUUCUACCUGAGAGUUCGACCGAGCCGUCAGGUCUGUCGAACCUGCCUCACCUGCCACCAGUGCCGCUGCCUAGGCCCACCACCGAGAACAGUGCCCUCCCCAUCUCCUGGCUGGAAUUCCCCGAGGAUUCAUCAACAUUCCAGUCAUCGGAUCCGCCGUAUCCGACCGUUGCUCCGAGCUAUUCAGUUCUUCAUGCUUGUCUUGUCCUUGGGGGCGACGUGCAGUCGUGCGUGGCCCAAGCUGAGCUCUACGGACAGCUACUGCACCAAAACGGUCAGGGCUCGAGCCAAAAGCCCCUCCCCGAGGAUUCCACCCCGUCUGACAUCGAAGUCAUACAGCAAAUUCACCCGUUUGCCGAAAUACUGGAGAAGUUUCCUAACGCACCGCAGCCGACCCUUAGUCAACAGCCGGAUGACACUCGUCCUUCAGAUAUUCAAGGAGUCCUUUCACAGGUUCAGGCAGUUCAGGAGUCCUUUGCAAAUUCGCAGUUGUUCCAUAAGGCGCCACUGGGCUCUGUGACCGCAGUCAUCGAAGGAAGCAAACAGAACGGCACAAAAGACCUCGAGACCUACUUUCCUCACGCCGAAGUCGCUCAAAAUCAUUAUUACCAACUGCAAGGCUUCAACAGGGACAACCAACACGCCGAUUUGGAGCCCGUUUUCCCCGACCAAGUAGAGACCGCAGAGGAAAAGCCACCACAAACGGACAGCACUCUAGAUGUGAAGAAAAUUACUCCAGAAGGGGACAGCAAAUCGACCUCCACUGUGAUUGAGACCGAAACACCGACGUCACCGAACAGCCUCAUGACCAACGCCGGUCCUCUGGAAGUCCAAGAAAAGUCACCGGAACUUCGUCCUCUCAUACAAGAACUUCCUUUUCCUCCUGCAGCAGAAGUUGAACAAGAAAAUGAUGCUAUAGAUGCCCAUACAUUAACGCCUAUGGGGCAAACUGACCUGGAAAACGAAGACGCCACUCAGCGCUCGUAUCCUGGCAAGCAUCAACCCAAGGUGGACCAGGUGGCAAGUGCUGAAUCCUUUGAUGACCUCGCGGGGGAGUCAGCGCCGCUCUCAUCCCCUCCGUCACUAAGCCAAACGGAGGACAACGCAAACCCGACGGAGGAAGCAGACUCGACACAAUCAACAACCCCAAGUGAUCCCAGUGACGGCGGAAGGACUCCAAAGAAUCCAAAUCUCUCUGAAAUCCUCCUCGUCGAGAGCAACAUUGACGACCAGGAGGAUGAGAAGGAGUUCCUCCACAAGGACCCCCGAGCCCAGUUGAUCAAGAGGCUCUUUCCUCACGCCCAAAUUCUCCCCAAUAAACCCAGGAGGCGCUUCAAAACCACUCCGUCGGUGGAUUAGUCCCGGUCAUGUGGCGAAAGAUCCAAAAGAAAUAAGGAAUAAAACCCAUUUAGUUUAAUCCAGGAGAAAAAAUCAUUACAUUUCAAAUGCAAAUAAUAUUUUUUACAUAUGCUGAAGUAUUUGGCAUGAAUAAUAUUAGUGAAUAAGUGAAUGAUGAAUCCUAAACGUGCUGGAACGCGCUUGUAUUCAUCGCUGUCGAGGAAAGGGUUCCGCCUCUAAUAGAUGUCAGCUAAGCAAAUAAUUUAGUGUAUUUUUACAGAUUUUAACUUGGAGAAUGAUGUAGAUUUACAUAAUAAAACUUAUAUAUUGUUAAAUAAGUCGAUGCCAUAGGUAGUGGUAAUUAUUUAUGUAUUUAAUGGUAUAAUUUAAUGUUAGUUAUAGAUGGUGAUGGAACUGAAAAUAUGGAAAGUUUAUGCUUUUGUCACUGACUUAGAGAAUUAUAGGGACUUUCCUUCAUUUAAUAAUGCUUUUGUGCUGAGCUUAAUAUUAAUAUGCGGUUGCCAUGGUUUCUCCCCUGUAGCACAUUGCAUUAUAUAUUUAUUAUAUUGUACAGAACAACAGCAAAAUAACGUUUUGAGACUGGUUUAUUCAAAGUAUUUUUUUUUUAAAUACGAAUGGAUAUUUGUAACUGGUAUAGAAAUACACAUCCGCGCUAUAAAUCAAAUGCGUUAGUAAAUCAAUUGUGUGGUUGCUUGUAAAUACGAUUUGUUUGUGAUCUUGUUAAUUAAACCUGAAUGCUUACAGCUCAGUCCCUUUUAUAAAAGAAAUUCAAUCAUUGGCCGCUUGUAAGCUGAAUAUUGGAAUUUAUGCACUCAGAAGAACCGCAUGCAGUGAGUGGAUGAGAUCGAGGGCGCAUUUCCUCUCCUGUGUGCGUUCACAUGGGCUCUCCAGUGGGCGUGCCCGUGCCUGUGGGCACGCCUGGGUAGGGAAGACAUAAAAAGCGCCAGAGUUAAGAGAGCGUGGGAAAUUCAAGUGACAACAACUUUCCUACAGGCGGCAAUCCCCCUGUUGUUAUAUAUUCAGCUCCUCGGAAUAAGUUCCAAGUAGCACGGGCUAUGGUGAGCCCGUAACUUACCUGGCACAGGAGCGGGGCAAGUAGCAAGGGCUAUAGUAAGCUCGUAGUGGACUUACCUGGCACAGGAGCGGUACUGUGUCGGCAAUGCCCGGAGCGACAUAGCAUCAUGUAUAACAAGUACUGAGGACGUCAAGCUGUUUUAGCUGUUGAGAAUCACGUCGCCCACUGCGGGCUUUAACGGUGUGUGUGUGUGUCUGUAUACCUCUCUGUAUACAAAUGUGUAUUUGCAUAUGCCAAAGAGAAUGAUGUAUCCAGCACGAUCUUGUCAUGUAAAUAAUUUAUGUAUUACCAUAUGCAAAGUGUGUAUGGCUGUACAAGUACAUGUAUUAAAGUAAGAACAUUCGUGUAUAACCGUUAGAACAUAUGUAUACGUUCCUAUAUUUAUAUAAUUGAUUAUUACAUUGUGUAUGUAUGCAGAGGCUACCGCUAACUGACAUACUGUAUAUCAUAUAUGGCUACAUAUAUGUAUGCUUCCUGUAUGAACGUAUGUAUGUUUACUAUAGCAAAGUAUGAGCCAUUCACACAUGAGAAGACUAGGAAAUUAAACUUCAAAAUAAAUAGCAAUAAACAUAUUCCUCCAAUAGGAAUCAUCGCCAUUUUCUCAAUCGAAUCUGGCAAGAAUCUAACAAGAAUCCUUGAAGAAUUUUACAAGGACCUAACAAGAAUCCGACAGGAAUAGGCAAGAAUCUGACAAAGAGUAAGCAAGAAUAUGGAAAGCAUCUGGGAAGGAUCUGAACAUAACCUGGCAAGAAUCUGGUAAGAUUCUGACAAGAAUCUGGAAAUAACCUAGCAAGAAUUUAACCGACGAUAAUUAAGCCCGUUCUCACGAUUUGCCACUCCGUAAAAUUCACAACUGCUUUACCUAACCAGAAACAUACCAGCUCGAGCAACUCAUCCAACCUAUCAAAGCGGAUGCAAAGAAAACGUCGGAAAUAUAGAGCUGUAAGUUCGACUAAAACUUAGCAAUUUUAACAGAUUGAUCGAUGCCGCCAAAAUGUGACUUAUUAGAUGUAUUUCCUUAUUGCUAGUUCCCUGUACAAUGCCCUUGUGGUUUGUACUAGUGCUUGACGCAAUAGCAGCAGUAAUAGCAAUGAUGUAGUAAGGAUAAUCUAUUUUUAUUAUUUAUUUAAUAAGUAUUUGUAAAUGAGGUGGUGGUAGAUAUACUAGUUGAUGUAAUAGCAUUGGUAUUAGCUUCAGUGAUGGUAGUUAAAUGUUAGUACUAGAAAUAAGUAUGUUAAAUAGUAUAAGUUGGUACAAAUCAUGUCUUCUAAUCUAUUCAAAUUUCAGCUAGUAGUGGUGGUAGCAACGGCUGUGGUUAGAGUAGUUGUGGUAGUAGUAGUAGUACAAUUUAUGGUAAUAAUUAGAGAAACAGUAGUCAUAACAGCAGCAGUAGAAAUAGUUAUACUAAAAUAACUUGUCAUAGAGAUAAUGUAAUUAUCUCUAUGACAAUUAGAGUUAAUUACAGUAGUAAUUAAUUACUACUGUAAUUAAUUAGUAUUAGAGUUGUAAUAACAGUAGUAGUUCCGCUCAUUAUAAAUGCUCUUACCCAAAUAUUAAAUGAAGAGAUCUGCAUAGCCGAGAGCAGAACUUUUGUCGGUAAGGCUCCGCUUCAUAUUACUGAACAUUAUCUACAUAUUAACUGUACCACGUAUAUCUUAGUAAUUCUGCAGAUCGUCGUCAAUAGGUCAUGUUCGCCACAACCUCAAUGUAAGAUGCUUAAACUCUAAAGAUGUUGCUAAGACACUAAUUUCUAUCUUUAGGGUACCUUAGAAGAACUAUUUCAAACAUAUGUGGUAAGUCGUGCUAUGUUUUAUAUGAGAUCUUGAGUGUCUUAUGUUAGAUAACGCCUUGCUUGCUUGCUUACGUGAGUGCUUGUUUGCCGUUUAAAGAUAUCCCAGUUAAGGAAAGGGAAAUGUGUAUAUGUGUUGGUGAAAGCCAAUUAAAAUGCUUCUUGCCUUUUGCAUGUGCUGGCUUUAUAUAUAUAAUAUAUAUGCAGAAAGUCCAUUAUGUUAACGGACUUUCAUUGGAAAAAUUAAAUAUUUCUAUGGAUAAUUUUUAGUUCAUAAAUAUUCUUGUUAUUAUGAUAGGAUAUACUUGUGUAGAUACAAGAAGUUAGUCCAUAUCGCAAUCUUGGCUGUCUAUCUUCAAAGAUACGAUUCACAAAGGGGAAUAUAUACACAUAGACCCCACAUCUCAGUGUAUAUAUAUACAAAGAAGUAUACCCCACUUUACAGUGUAUACACACAAGAGUUUACUUAGGACUGAACAAUUUCCAAAACUAAAGUAUAAUAUCUGGUUGGUCAGUACUGUAUUGAAGUGACCUUAACAAAUGAAAACGAAAUGAGCCAGUUUGCAUAGAGGACCUAUCUUCUUGUGACUAAUUUCUAAGGACCCCCUGAGUGCCUAGAAAUGUUAAACUAAGAAAUUAUGUUAAGAAGGCUUUGAAUACUUGGGCUGAAGCCUGUAUCAUCUUCCCUAACAUUAUUGACACGGACUUAUAUUCCCUUUGGAAUUACAGCAUGUCAAACAGCCAAUAUAUUUUCCCUUCAUUUCAGUUAUCCUAAGCUGGUCUGAGGUUAUAACUGUUAUCGCUUAAUGUAUUGUUAUUUAUAUCUGUUAAGUUGUUAAGUUAUUGUUGUUAUUAUUGGUA